AUGGUUGCUCUGCGUUUCUUCUUCUCCUCGUCUCUUCUUAUUCUUCUUCUUCUUAUCAGGCUUACCUCGACGUUUGCUAUCCAAGAAGCCACCAUUGAAGACAUCAGACUUGCUUUUAAGGAGAAACGACUAACAUCAAAGCAGCUUGUUGAGUUGUAUCUCGAAGCAAUCUCCAAACUUAAUCCAAUACUCCACGCAGUCAUCGAGACGAAUCCUGAUGCGUUGAUUCUAAAUACUUAUUUCAAGAAUCCCCAAAUUGAGAACUCACUGAUAAUUUCUUCUCCGGUGAACUUCCGACAACGAUCCGUCGAUGUUCUCGAUCAGAUUUACCUCUCAAACAACUGGUUUUCUGGCGAGAUUCCACCUGCGAUCGGUAAUUUCCCCAAUUUACAGACUCUGUUCUUAGAUCGGAACCGAUUUCGCGGGAAUUUACCGAGGGAAAUCUUCGAAUUGAAGCAUUUAUCGAAGAUCAACACAAGUGCGAACAAUAUCACCGGUUCAAUCCCUACCAGAAUCGGAAACAUGACGAGUUUAACAACUCUCGAUCUCUCUUUCAAAGAUCUCUCCGGAAGAGUACCACUCGGUGGUCAAUUCAUGGUUUCACGAUUUGUGGGAAUAUCGGGGUUAAUGGGUCAACUAAUUGGGUUGGUUUCUGGGUAA